AUCGAUCGGACGCAAGCGUCACUAAUAUGCCGGAAAAGUGAGGUUAGAUUAGAUGCUAAACGUCGCCUGGAAUGUGAGGUUAGAUUACCACCUAACCUCAAAAUUUUCCUCUUGUAUUGUAGUAGUACCAAAACAAACACACACUUUUUCUAGUUAAUUAUUAAAAAACUCAAUAAAUUCAUAAUUGCUUAGCACAAUGAAACGACUAACCGAAGAAAGGACCAAGAUCUUGUUCGAGAAACUAGCCAAAUAUAUCGGGCCUAAUAUAAAGCAACUUAUCGAGCGCCCGGACGGCAUAUACUGCUUCAGAGAACAAAAGGACAGAGUCUACUAUGUCUCCGAGACCAUACUGAAGCUGGCCAACACUGUUCCCCAGGAACACUUAAUCUCUGUCGGGACCUGUUUCGGAAAGUUCACCAAAAGUGGGAAGUUCAAGUUGCACAUCACCGCCUUAAACUAUUUAGCCCCUUAUGCACAGUGCAAAAUCUGGCUCAAACCCACUGCCGAGCAACAAUUCCUAUAUGGAAACAACGUCUCGAAAGCAGGUUUGGGUCGAAUAAGCGAGAACUGCGAAAAGUACCAGGGGGUGGUGGUGUUCAGUAUGUCCGACUUGCCCCUGGGGUUCGGUGCGGCGGCUCGGUCCACGACCGAGUGCAAAAUGGCCGAUCCCCUCGCCAACGUGUGCUUCCACCAAGCGGAUAUCGGGGAGUACAUUAGAUCCGAGGAGGAUUUAUUAUAGCAUAAGUGAAUAAAGAACGUUUAUUGUU